GCAAAACCCCACAAAAUCCCCCCCUUAAAACCACGAACUUCCAUCUUAUUACUCAUUGCUCUCUCCAUUCACAAUUUCUCUCCUUCCAGCCCAAACAAGCCAGCCAUGACCAAACUCCUCCUCACUUCCCUACUCCUCCUCUGCGCCACCAUUUCCACGGCGGCAGCACCAGCCAACCCGAGAUCCAGCGCCGCCGCGGCGGCGGCGGCAGCCAGCUUCAUAAAAUCCUCCUGCAGCGCCACAACCUACCCGGCCCUCUGCGUGCAGUCCCUCCUCUCCUACGCGCCCACCAUCCAGCGGAGCCCAAAGCAGCUGGCCCAGGCCGCCCUCGCCGUCAGCCUGUCCCGGGCCCAGUCCACGAGAUCCUACGUCCGGGCCCUGGCCCGGUUCGAGGGGCUCAGGCCCAGGGAGAAGGCCGCGAUCCGGGACUGCGUCGGGGAGAUCGGCGACACCGUGGACCGGCUCGGCAAGUCGAUCAGGGAGAUGAAAGCCAUGGGGGAGAAGAGGAGCGGGCCCCGGUUCGAGUGGCACUUCGGCAACGUGGCGACCUGGGUCAGCGCCGCGUUGACCGACGCGAAUACUUGUGUUGACGGGUUCGCCGGGAAGGCGUUGAACGGGAGGAUGAAGAGUGGGAUCGAGGCCCGGUUCACGAAUGCGGCCCAGUUUAUUAGUAAUGCUCUGGCUUUGGUGAACAAGUAUGGCGGCGGUCACUGA